CCCUCCCUAUAGUGUGUAUUGUGGAAAUUAAAGAUGGCGCCUUCACACGUCCUCAGAUGUUGUCAGCGGGGUCUGGCUUGGAUACCGGUUAUAUUUAUCGCUUUAGUCGUGUGCUGGUCGUAUUAUGCUUACGUUGUGGAGCUGUGUGUGUUCACGGUGCCGAGUCUGGGAGAGAAAGUUAUCUACUUGGUUGUUUUUCACCUCUGCUUCAUCUUGUUUGUUUGGUCUUAUUGGAAGACCAUCUUCACCAGACCAACAAAUCCAUCCAAAGAGUUCUGUUUACCCAAAGCUGAGAAGGAGCUUUAUGAGAAAGAAGAGCGUCCAGAGACCCAGCAGGAGAUCCUGAAGCGAGUGGCGAGCAGUCUUCCGCUCUACACGCGCACCGGCGCCGGAGCCAUCCGCUACUGUGACCGGUGCCAAGUUAUCAAACCCGACCGGUGCCACCACUGCUCCGCAUGUGACAUGUGCGUGUUGAAGAUGGACCAUCACUGCCCAUGGGUGAACAACUGUGUAGGGUUCUCCAAUUACAAGUUCUUCAUCCUGUUCCUGGCGUACUCGCUGCUGUACUGCCUGUUCAUCGCUGCCACGGUUCUGCAGUACUUCAUCAAGUUCUGGACACUUUGCCGGAGGAAAUCGGCAGAGAAUUGUCCAAAGAGUGAGCUGCCCGACUCUCACGCCAAAUUCCACGUGCUGUUUCUCUUUUUUGUGGCGGCCAUGUUCUGCAUCAGCAUCCUCUCGCUCUUCACUUACCACCUGUGGCUUGUAGGGAAGAAUAGAUCCACGAUAGAGGCAUUUCGAGCGCCCGUGUUCAGGAAUGGACCGGAUAAAAAUGGGUUCUCGCUGGGCUUCAGCAAGAACAUCGCUCAGGUGUUCGGAGACCAGAAGAAGUUCUGGCUGCUGCCGGUGUUCACCAGUCAGGGAGACGGUCUCACGUUUCCAACCCGACUGGUGGCCAGUGAUCCGGAGCAGCCAACAGUAGUCGUACAACCUGACCACCUGAGCCAAAGUGUUGAAGGUGAGCAGUGUAAUCCUCUCAGCGAGUCUCAGAAACAUCUGCUCAAUAACGAUCUCCACCACGAGGACAUCGUCGUAACGGCUGUAAAGCCUGAUGAAAGUGACACCAUCACGGUCUCCAUGGCUGGCGAGUCUUAGCCAGGGUUCGUGGUCGUGAAACUAUGGCGGAGAGGAACAGCCAUCAAACGUGAUGCCUUAAACAACUCCAUCACCUCUGCAGCAGCUUCUCGUCUGAGUGCAUUCGUUCAGCGUUCAGACAAAUUUGCAUCCUGAUCACUAAAACGUUUUUUGGUUUUUCAAAGCAAACGCAUUUUAUCUUCACACUCACUCACGAACUGGUGCGGUUCGUAUAAACCUGUUGGUUGUUGACCAGAAAAAUGCGCACUACCGUAGUAUUGUUAGGGGCGUGUCAUUCCCCCGGCAGUAUCUCAUCUGAUGUUUACAUAGCGCGGAGUUUAUAAACUUAUAAAGUGUAGUGCUUUUUUUUAUGGCGUUGACCAUUAACUCUAUUUUCUCUCCAAGAUACGAUUAACAAUUUAUUAUGUUUGAGGUUGAGGUGACAGGAUCGCACUUUUGCACGUUGAAAUUCCAGUUAUCAAACGUUUAAAUGACGUUUAUAUAUAUAUAUAUAUAUAUAACACACACCCUACCAGUCAAAAGUUUAGACACACUUUUAUUUUUCCUCAAUACAUUUUAGAAUAAUAAUAUAGUCAUCAAAACUCUGGAGGAACACAAAUGCAACAAUGGGAAUUAUGUUGUGAUAAAAAAAUCCUAAAUGAAUCUAAAUAAUUUAAUAUUUUAGCAUCUUCAAAGUCGACACACUUUUUGCUGAGAAUUUCCAGAAAUGUAUUCGUGGCGUUUUCUCUGUGGAUUUCUUGAGUUAUUUCCCUGAGAUGAUUAUUAAACAGUAUUAAAGGAGUUCACAUCGACACUGGACUCUUAUCAGCUGCUUUUUGGGGUAUUUCGCUCUGAGUGGUCCGUUUAAAUAAAGAUUAUUUUGUAAAUAAUAUGUUAGUUUUGUAAUGAAAGAAACGAAUACAUCGGCACAAUUAUAGCUUUGUCUACAGCACCGCUGUCAAACGAUUAAUCAUACACCUUCAGAUCAAAAGGUUUUUGAGAUCUUGAGAAACAUUUCAGUCGAGUGUCCACAAACUUUUGAUUGGUUGUGUGUGUAUAUAUAUAUAUAAUAUUCUCACCCAUCAAAAACAAAAUGUUCUGUCACAAUAUUAAAUAUCGUAUUUCUGGGUGGAUAACAGAAGGGACGCUGCACUGGAAUAAAAGUAUUAUGAGAGUUUUAUGUAAACGGUAUAUUUGGGGGGGGCACUGUUAAAUUUCAUUUAACUUUUGAUUAAAUAACAAAAUACGCAGAUAUCCCAUGCACAAAACUAGACGCUCCUUUUUAUUGUACUACAAUGGUUAAAGUUGGACUUUAAAAAAGUUUAUUCAUUAUUAAAGUUAAAAAUUUUCCUCUAAUGUUGGAACGUUGCGAUUUUCAGGGUGUUGUGUGUUUAAAAUCGAUGUUUUACGUGUUAUUUUUAAUGAUUUAAAAACAGUAUUGAUUAUGCUCUUGUAGGGUUGAUUAUUAUGAUUAUCGUAAUGUAGAUUCACGGGCGCCGUUUAAGAAAUGUGACCGUUUCGGAAUGCCGCUGAAGCGAAACGGAGGCGUGGGUGGAGUUAUUAGGGUGAUGUGGUUAGAUCAUGUAGCAAGUCUCAAAUUUAACAAACCGGUUUUUCUGUACAGAACGAACAAGAUGUACGAAACUAAUCGGGAAAACAAUAUCUCAUGACGGACAGGAGUUAAAAGCUGGAAAGAACUUUAAACUGCACCUAUUAUAGUUUUUUCAGAUAUUAUCUUUAUACGUAUCUCUAUACGUAGCUGUUUGUGAAUGUAAAAACGUCUGCGAAGUUUCACAAAUCAGAGUUUGAUGAAGGAACCAAUUCUGAACAGCUGAAACAAGUCGUUAGUGAUUCCAGAUUUACUUCCUGUACUAACCUACGUAGGUUUGUAACAAUAAGCCCCGCUGCUUGCUGACACCGGUGUACCAAUCACAACAGACUGGGACAUCUGACCAAUCAGAGCAGCAUAUGCUCUCUGAAAGGAGGAGUUUAGAGUGAAUCCAUAGGACGGAUCAUUGAACGAGUCGUUUGUGACACUGGGGGAAAAGGUAACGCUGCAGUUCAAAUUAUGAGCAUGUUAACGUGUUUUUGACCUUGGAUGUGUGUAAAUCUAUUGUAUGAGAGCUUUAAAACAAAAUUACGCACAUUUCAAAACCAUAAUAGGUGCUUUUUAAACAAAUGCCGUUUGUGUAUGAAUCGAUUCUUUGAGUCGACUCUUUUAGCUGAACAUCAAGAACCGCCCUCCCUGUAGACGAUGCCAUUACUCCUGUAGCGUAAUGGAAACGUCUUUCCAAAUUCCGAGAUGUUUGUUAGCGUUAAAUUGAUUCGUUUUCAGUAAGCGAUUUAUAUCAGGUAGGGUCACGGUGAUUUUCGAUGUUCCUUACAUUAAUUAAGUCAAAUUAAACUUGAAACUCAUCGUUCAUUUUUUCAAAAUGUUCUUGCGCAUCCGAAUAUCGCAAAUUUAGCGAGGAGCCGAUUCUCAAAUGAUCUGAGUAGCCACUAAAAAGAGCAGAAUUCCCAUCACGAGUAUUCAGCACUUCCUAUCAGGAUGUGAGUUUUCCACCCGGAAGUCCUGGCAACCCACAUGUGUACAAAGAUUUCCUUUUUUUUUACGUUAGGGCUGUUAACAAUUCGAAUACUUUUUCUAAUUUUUAUAAUAUAUUAGGUCAGAACAACACAUUACGAAUGUGUUGAAUCUGGUGUUUUAGGUUUAGUUGUAUAACGCUGUAUAACAUACAUUUAGAUGUAUGUGUAAACGUUUUUGGGGUAAAUAACCCUUGGGUUGUUUAAUAUAGGAUUUACAUCGAGCUUUAUUUCACACAAUACAACCACUAUCGAUUUUCUAAUUGUGUAAAACGUGACCCAGUAUUUUUGCUAACGUCUGAAACGGUCGUUUUAUGGCUGAGUAUCCCCUCCGAAAGUAUUGGAAGGGCGAGGCCAAUUCUUUUUUUUUUUCUGAGAAAACUACGAAUAUUAGACGAUAGAUCAGAAUUUCAUCUCUCAUUUCCUGAUAUUUAAAUGUAGAUGUGUUAAACGACUUCAAACAUGCCACCUUUUUGUAUCAGACCACCCUAUUUUUAGGUGAGCGAAAGUAUAGGAACAGAUAAGUCUUGACGUAAACAACACUUAAUAUUAGGUUGCAUAUCCAUUACUCGCAGUAACUGCAUCAAUCCUGCGACUCACUGAUACCAAACUGUUGGUUUCUUCUUCUGUGAAGCUUCUCCAGGUUUUUCCUGCAGCUUCUUUCAGUAGUUGUUUGUUUCGGGGGGUUUCUUCCUUCAGUCUCCUCUUCAGGAGGUGAAAUGCUGAUCAGCUGGAUGAAGGUCUGGUGAUUGACUUGUCCAGUCUAAAACCUUCCACUUUUCCCCCUGAUGAAGUCCUGUGCUGAGGUGGAAGUGUGUUUUGGAUCGUUGUCUUGCUGCAUGAUGAAGUUCCUCCUGAUUCAUUCGAACACAUUUCUCUGUAAAUCUGCAGACAAAAUGUUCCUGCAGACUUCUGCAUUUAUUCUGCUGCUCCCAUCAUGAAUUCCAUCAUCAAUAAAGAUUAGUGAGAAUGUUCCAGAAGCAGCCAUGACGCUACCUCCACCAUGUUUCACAGAUGAGCUUGUAUGUUCUGGAUCAUGAGCAGAUCCUUUCUUUCUCCACACUUUGGGACUUUUCCAUUGCUUUAGAGGUAGAGGUUCAUCUUAGUUCCAGAACUUUCCAGAAUGCCUUUCUUGAUCCAAUACUUUUGAAGAGGACUGUAAUAUAAAGCACUACGUAGGGUCUCUAACCAAAUGAGGUAGCCUAUGUAGUGAGCAUAUAUCGUGAUUAGAAAGCCUGCAUGAGUUUGAUUGCAGGAACGCGACACAGUUUGUACCUUCUGGGGUUUGUGAGAAAUAUCGUGUGGCUACCGCUAAUGUCCACUCAUUAAUAUUUAUUAUACACUCAUUAAUAUUCGCAUACAUUUCAAUACUAAAUCUUUUCAAUUGAGUUGCACUGAAUUGGACAGCCCUAAUAGCACAGGUGAUGUGUUUUACAGGUGAUAUGACUCUCAUUAUAGAAGCUUCUUAAAAGUCUUAAAACUCGAAUCAGAACGUUUCUUCGAAAUUUAUUUGUAUUCUUUUUAGAAAAUAAUCCAAGUUUAUAUCUAAUCAAAUCCGUCUCCUUAUCUACAUUGCAUAUUCUAGAACUCUACUCCAAAAUUUAACCUCCAGUCAAAACAUCAAUCAAAUUGUGAUUUGUAAAUUGAUGUAUAUAAAUUGUGUAUCAACACAAACGUAAAAUGGUAUAAAUGAUGAGGCUUCAUAUAAGAGAGUCCACGUUUUUAUGCACAUUCAUAAGCUGCUCUUCUUUCGAAAAGAUUUCUUUAUAUAAUCAAUAUUUAGUUUUAGAUUUAUAUUUAGUUACUUAGACUGUUUUUAGUCGUACGGUCGAGUGCAAAAGUUUACACACCCCUACUUCUGAAGUGUGUAUUGGACGUAUCGUGUCUUUCUUUGUCUGUGUUUUUCUUUUCAGUUAUCUUUUUCCUGAGCUUUGGGUGUGUUUUUGUCUGUUUUUCCUACCUGUUUUCUGUAUCUCCUUCUCUAGUUCCAUGGAAGCUGAGUAUUUUGUGGUUUAGAGCAUGUGGGAGCUGUUUUCCUGAUUCCCACUGAUUCAUAUCUCGAAUGAUUAUGCGAUCGAACUUGUCCGAGCUUUGAAAAUCAAAAAAAUUUUUAAAAAAAGCAUUGCAAGUGUAGAUAUUUUUACAUCACACAAGAAUUUGGGAUUGUCGGCGUAAUAGAUUUCCCACCAUUUUGCGAUGAUCUUGUGUUAAUCAUAAUUAUUAGGUUUACAUUUUGUACGUAAGGCGGUGAGUCGAUAUUGAACAAUACCACUGAAUCUGCUACGAUUUAACACUUCGAAUCGGAUUAGUCGCCUCUGUUCAAAUCUGGUGGAGGUCUACCAUUAAUUCACUGAUGAUGAUGAUGAUGAUGAUGAUGUAGAGGAGCUCGCCUGUUAAAUUAUUUACACAUCAACUGCAAAAUAUGAAUCGAUUUUUUUUUUCCCCACCAGUAAUUUGUCCUUUUUUCAAUCGUUUAAGAUAGAUGCGUCGAUUCAGUUCAGUUGUUGCCUUUUGAUGCAUCGAUCUUUGAUCGUUACACCCCAUGAAAGUGAUUUACUGAACAAAACACACACACACACAAAAGGUGAUCGAUAAAACUUUUUAAAAUUAUUGCGAGUCCUGUAAAUAAAAGAACUACAGAAGGUUACAAACUUUUGAGCGUGCUAGUAAAUAUUCUUCCUGAUGUACAGUCGGUUAUUGUAAUAUUUAAUUCAGAGAGUCUUUUGUGUGUGUGUGUGUGUGUGUGUGUGUGUAAAAUAUAGAGGGGUUUUUUUUCAUCCAGAAAUUGAGGGGGGUGCUAACUUUUGCACUCAACCGUACAUAUCAGGCUCGUUAGUUUAAUAUCUGACUUUGGUCAUUUAAGGCUGCUGUGUUUUUUUUGCCAAAUAAAGGGCUGAAUAUCAGAGCUCAGAGUGUUUACAGCAGGGAAGUUCCUCUGUGUGCUCAUGCUGAAGCCCAGAAACACCAAGGACACCAAAUCCUUUUUUUUUAAUUAUUUUUAUUUUUAUUUUAUUUAUUUGACACUUCUGUGUUCAGUAUCCGUGCUGUCAGUCUUUACUCUGCUGGUGCUCGGUGUGUAUUUUUUUGUUUUGUUUCGUACCGUCUGGUCAGGUGUUUAAUCUAUAAAUUGUUGAAUAUCCAAAGUGCAACUGUGUUUAGGAAGGUGUGUGUGUGUGUGUGUGUGUGUGUGUGUGUGUGUGUGUGUGUGUGUGUGUGUGUAUGUAUUGUGGUGAUCAGUGUCAGAUUUUUAUAUGGAUCAGUACAGUAGGUGCGUCAGGAAGCUUGUUGGAGAAAUAAAGAACGUGUUGAAUAACAGAAAUCUGCUUUCACACUAGCAAGCGACGAAGCGUUCGUUUUCUGCGUACGUGUGCGACAACAGAGCCACGAUUUCCUCAGUUCUAUGCAAAUUAGGUAUGAUGCCGUAAAGAAGCGACAGAUCCGAAAACGAUCGGCGUGAACGCUUCGAUCUUCGAUCUUAUGCCGCAUGUGGUCCGGUCCGAUGUUUCUUCGGUUCCGCGCUCACUACUGUAGUUUCCUACUACGGUAAAAAAAAAAACGGAAGAGAAACUCUUCGAACCGGGGUUUUAUUCCGUCGUAUAAAAUGUGUGUAGAGACCGUCGGUGCCUCAGUUAGCCCGAUGUGCUAAUCUAAUCUGAGAACGAAGCCGAGCGCAUAACACGUAAAUCGCACGAGCGAUUUUCACGCUGAUUAACGAUUUAGUUAUUUCUUUUGUGUUUAACUCGUUAGCGUUAGACGUGAUACGAAUCUACUAGGGUUGUCCUCUAUAAGCAGGAAACGCAGGGCGGGAUGGGACACGCUCACAGGCCACAGCCCGAGAAGUGACGCAAGCGAUUUAUCACGUUGUAGUCUGAACGUACGGUCAGAGCAUACAGAAUAUUACAAUUUUGUAUUCUUUUUUUUAUUUAUUUUUUUUUCCAUGUUGCAGGCGGGUACAAAAAACAAACCCAAUAAGGAGUCUGUGAAUAAACACCAGUCACACACUUGGCUCUGUCUCACAACGCACAACACCGAUGGAGAGAUUUCCGAGCUCAGAAUGUUGAGAAACACUAAACUGAUGUAUUUUUCUAUGAAUCCAAAUAUAAAGGUAAAUAAUUGGAGGCUGUACAAUGCGGUAAAGUGUAAAGAAUGUUUCAGUUGUGUAAAGAACAGCAGACCGGUCUCGUACCACUCUGUCUGGUCUCGUACCACUUCAUGUCUCCUUUUUUUUGUUGUUGUUGUUGUUGAUUUUUUCCCCCCGUAAACGCUGCCGUAAAGUUUUUUUUUUCCUGAGAUCCGACACGUUUAAAGCAGGUCUUUUGCUUUUUUUUCUUUUUCGCUCCAUCUUGCUUCCUCCUUCAGUCACAGCACUGAUUAUUUUAUUUAUUUAAUGUUCGAUAAAGCAGUUUUCUUCCUUUUACACCUUUAUAAGCCAUACUGAAUUCUCAAUUCUGAACUUUUCAAGUACUCUUACUUUGGACCAUUUUCUAUUUACUUUUUACAAAACAAAAAAAAAAAAGAAGGGGGGAGGGGGAAUCCUGUGGGGUUUUAUGGCAUGUAGAGUAGCUUAUAUUUGUACCCCGCUUAUUGAUUUAUUUAUUUUUUUUGUCAAAUGUUUCAGGAUUUACACAAAAUAUUGAAAAUACUGUAAAAUGUUGAUCUCACGUCUAUUUUUCUUGUCUGAUUAAUUUGAAUCUUGAUAUUUUGUGAAUGAAGUACUUGCUUAUUAUGUGAACAUAACUAAAAUAAACGUGCUUUUAUAGGAAAAAAAAAA